GCGAUCCACGUCGCCGAUGUGGGAGGCGCCGUGUUCCGUUCUGCCAGAUACCUGCGGACCCUGAGACUCCUGCGUCUUAUCCGCCUGCUGCGUGUGGCGAAGCUUCAGCGUGAGCUCACUCUGCUUGCCAACCGUUUCCUGUCCACGCACGCGUUCAUGGUCAUCAAGGUGCUUUCGUACCUUAUGAUGAUGCUCGCCAUCAACCACAUCAUCGCCUGCUGCUGGUAUGGCCUGGGUUCAUGGAGUUCCAUAGAGUUCGGACCCACCAAGAGCUGGAUCGAGAAUCCGGAGCUGAAUCAGGAGGAUUUCGCAGAGAUGUAUUUUGCCUCGCUGCACUGGGCACUGACCCAGUUCACGCCAGCCACGAACAACAUCGCGCCCCUCAAUGUUUUCGAGAGGUUCUUCGCCGUUGUGGUUAUCCUCCUGGCCAUGGGGGUGUUCUCGUCCUUCGUUGGAUCCAUCAGCAACACUGUCAACAACAUCCGGGCAGCACGAGUGGAGCAGCAGCGGAAGACCAACAAGAUGUUGCAGUUCUUCAUUGAAAGGAAUCUUUCUGUGGACCUCUAUGGCAAGAUUCACGAGGUGUUGCGGACGGAGGGCGAGACUGAGGUGCGCCUGCAGGAGAAGGAGGUCAACCUGUUGCAACGCAUUCCGGAGCGGCUGAAGCUGCAGCUUCACGAGGAGAUGUACAUGCACAGCCUUGUGAGCAUGAGCAUCUGGCCCACGUGGAGCCACACGGAGGAUUACUACUUCUUUCGGAACCUGUGCCACAACGCGCUGUUGGAGCACGUCUGCGUAUCCGGAGAGGAUGCGUUCAUGCCGACCACGCAAUGUGAUGAGGUCUACGUUCUCCAGUUUGGCUGCAUGGCCUAUCUCACAGGGAGACGAGAGGACGUUUUGGCAUCAAGGGGGGAGGUGUUCUGUAUGCCAGCUCUUUGGACGGAGUGGUACCACCACGGUCGGCUCACGGCGCAGAAGGGAGCUUGCUACUAUUUGGGCAUCAACUGCUCGGAGUUUGGCAAGAUUGCCAUCUCGGUGGGCGGACCGCUGUACCGGCACUUGCAGAUCUUUGGCAUCCUACUCAUUGGCCAAGUGGAGGACCGAGUGGAGCAAGGACUGCUAGUGACUGACCGCCUGCUCGAGGGUGGUGAACUGCAGGACCUGGUUGCCCGAGCGCAGAGAUUUGCGUCCCUCGUGGGCGCAGACGGGGCGCCCCAGAGCCUAUCAUCGUUGCGGCCCAGCGAGGUGAACACGGCUCCUUCGAAAAAGGCCUCCACUGACGAUGGCGGGCCUGUUGUUCGUCACAACUCAGACACCUUCAAAGUCUGA